AAAACUUAACUCUCUCUCGCUCUCUCUCUCUCUCUCUUACCUAUCAACCUUAAACCCUCCAAGAACCACAAAGACCAUGACUUUUGCCACUGCCAGUUUAACUCCAAUAUUCACCAACUGUUUGAUUGCUUCUCGAAUAUGGACACCCAAUUGGCGAAAUGGGUUUGUUUCCCCUAUUACUCUGUUGCAUACAUUAGCCUCAAGUCGUAGCCGCCUCCUCAAGAACAAGAAUCAUUACCAAGACUUGGUCUUUUCUUCUUGCAGCAGAGGCUUCAGCUGUCAAUCCACUGCUUUGUCUGAUGUCAAUUCACAUUCUCACACUGUUUCCUCAAAUGGCCAUCUUAUGUAUGGACGCUUGCUGCCAUGCCCCUUGCAGAAUAGCCCACCAAGAGUCGAGCAUCUUGUCGUCACAAAAGAAGGGCCUGUUCUAGACUAUAUUAGUAAAGCUUUGGAUCUUCCUCCAUUAUAUGUGGAAGAUCUUAUACAGUUUGGGGCUGUGUAUUAUGCGCUCGUAUGUCCUAAGCCACCUCCGACUGCCACCGCUGAGCAAAUUAAAGUGUAUGAAGAAGUUACAGAUCCAUCAGUUCUUAGAAAGCGAACUUCAAUCAAAGGAAAAACUGUACGUGAAGCUCAAAAAACUUUUCGUAUAACUCAUGCUGAUGAUAUUGUUGAAACUGGAACUUAUUUGCGGGUGCAUGUACACCCUAAGCGUUUUCCAAGGUGCUAUGACAUUGACUGGAAAUCUCGUAUUAUUGCUGUAACCGACGACUAUGUGAUUCUGGACAAACCUGCUGGUACAUCUGUAGGAGGAACUACAGAUAACAUUGAAGAAAGCUGUGCUACAUUUGCUACUAGAGCAUUAGGAUUUUCAGCUCCACUACAGACUACCCAUCAGAUUGACAAUUGCACUGAAGGAUGCGUUGUACUAGCUCGAAGCAAGGAGUACUGUUCAGUAUUUCAUGGAAAAAUCAGGGAGAAGAAGGUCAAAAAGCUUUAUCUUGCGCUGGCUGCUGCUCCGGUGCCGAUCGGAAUACUUACACACUACAUGCGUCCUAUUAAUAUGGCGCCAAGACUUGUUUCUGAAGAUUUUGUGAAAGGAUGGUAUUUGUGCCAACUUGAGGUUUUAGAAUGCAAGAAGGUAGCCUGGCCUAGGAGUGAAAUUGAGAGCACAUACAACAUUGAGGACUGUGGAUGGCCUUUGAAAGACUUUGCAUAUGAGUGCCAAAUCAACCUUCUAACUGGUCGGACGCAUCAGAUUCGAGCACAAUUAGCUGCCUGUAGUGCACCAGUGGUGGGUGACGCGAUGUAUAUGCCAGCUGCAAUUGCUGAAAUGGUCAGUCCUGGUAGUAACCCACUUGGGAAGAACAAAAAACUAUAUACAAACGAAAAUGAUAAAUCACUUGCAAUAGAUGAGUGGAUCGCACAACAUGGUAAGGAACCUAGUGUUGCCAUAGGUCUUCAGGCAUGCCAGAUUUCAUGGGACGACGGCGAGCACUGUUAUGAGGCCAGAUCACCUUGGUGGAGGUAGAUAAAAGCUUGUGCUAAUGUUUAAUCCUGGCUUCAUCAGAAUAGCGUGGCAGGACGGGCAAAUUCUUCCGCAUAAGCAAUUGCCUGUGCUAGGAUCAUACUAUGAGCUGCAAGGAAAGGCUCACUUACUGAAUUACAGUGUGUAGUUGUGCAAUAGUCUUGAGUCAUGAAUUGGUGGGUGAAUUACCAGGAUGUUGAAGAGAAAUUUAUCAGCAUAUUUGAGGUCUUUAAUUGAAGGUACCUCACACUUUGCCCUACUCUCAGAGUUUCUGAAGCAAUGAUCUGCACAUAUCUUCCCUUGACAAAGAUUCAAAAUCCCUCAGUGUAACGGCGAAUCUUACUAUAGUAGACUAGUAGUAGAGCAUGUCAUAAAUAUUUCAGGCUCAUGCCCUUUUUAUCCAUUGACUGGUAAUACUACUCACUGAAUCUUAUGGCUUAGCCAAGCUCUGGCAGUUCUUAUUUUGAGGGAUGUAAAUACGAUUUGCUGUCAUGCUUGGUCCGAUCAAUGUUUAGUACGAAAUAGUAAUUAAAGUUUAUGAAA